AUGGACGAAGAGAGCGAAUUCGAUUCCAUCAUCGAAGCUGUGGGAAAUAAUGGCAAAUUCCAGAAACGCUUUAACUGGGCCUUCAACUUUGCCCUUAUCUUUGUUGCCGCAAUGCCUUAUCAGAACAUCAUCAACUCUUUAGCUGUUCCAGAUCAUUGGUGCUUCAUACCUGGAAGAGAAUCCACCAAUUACACUUUGGAUGAAUGGAAGACAAAGCAUUUACCAAAAGAUAAUUCGAGUAUAGAAAACAAUGGCUUCAGCAAUUGCCAGAUGUUUACUGGUAAUAUCCUUAAUGGAACAAGCGAAGAAAUAAAUUGUCAAAAUGGAUGGGAAUACGAUAAAACUUGGUACGAUUUAACAGCUCCUUCGCAAGGAUCUUGGGUUUGCAAUGAUUCCAUCAAUGUUGCCAACGCAUUUAUAUUCUCUCGUCUGGGCGAAGUUAUUGGAAGCAUGAUCUUUGGACAAUUAGCUGAUACAAUUGGGAGAAAACCAGUUUUCUUUAUAACAGUAAUUUUAGUUGCUAUAGGAAGGAUGCUUUUGAUUGUAACAUGGCAUUCGGUCCCUUUGUUCUUCCUGGUAAUGUUCUUAGGCAGUUUUCCAUCGUAUUCAAUAUUUCAAGGACCUUUAGUCAUUGCAAUGGAAAUCUCCAAAACCGAGAACAGAGCUUACAUAGCUAUGCUACAAUGCAUUUCAGCUACACUUGGCGUAUGUUCUCUACCACUAAUGAUGUGGGUUUUGAGAGAUUGGAGAUACUUCAUAGCUGUAUCGACGCUUCCUUGCAUCGUAUUUAUAUUUUUUGGAAAAUUUAUGAUCGAAUCUCCUCGGUGGUUGGCCAAUAGAGGAAAAGCUUCUAAAUGUAUCAGAGAACUAGAAACAAUAGCCAGAAUGAAUAAUACCAAAGUACCUGAUAACAUUGCUAGCAUAUUAACCAAAUUCAAUGGAGAAAGGGAGAAGAUUUACGGAAUCAUGGGUUUAUUCUCCAGUUGGAGAUUAACCAAAAAUGGAACACUACUAAUGCUUGGAUGGUCCUCAGCCAUGUUAAUUUAUUAUACUUUCACAUUUAACAUCAACAAUUUAGAAGGAAAUCCUUUCAUGAAUUUCUUCUGGCAAGGAAUCGCCGAAAUCCCAGCGUACUUCGCAGCGAAAUACACGAGCGAUUAUUUAGGAAGGAGAUGGACUAAUUUCAUAGCUUUCGCAGGAACUUUCCUUGGUUGUAUACCAAUAUUAUUCAUCAUUCAUGGUAAUUAUUGA